AUGGCGCUGCGUCCGGUCCAGCGGAUCAAGAACCGCCCGGUCACGACCAAGCUGUGCCUGUGCGUCCUCUUGAGCAUCUUCUCGUUCACGCUGUAUCGGCACGAGACCUCGCGCGCGCGCGCCAUCGCGGACGCCGGCGUCGGCGUCGCGGCCGCGCGCGCGGCGGCGACGACGGCGGGAAGCGCGCGAGGCGGCGCGAGCGCGCGCGCGCGGGCGAUCGCGGCGCUCGUGAAGGCGCACGGCGUCGAGCGCGUGGAGGAGACGAUCGCCGCGACGCGCGCGAGCGGCGACGGCGACGACGCCGGCGCCGACGACGACGACGCGAAGACCACCACCGCGAAGACCGCGACGCCGACGAACGCGACGCGACGCGUCCCCGCCGCGGUCGCCGUCGAGAAGACCGAGACGCCGUCGAUCGAACGCGCGCCGCUCGCCGGUCGAACGCGCUUCGUCGACCCGCUCAACGCGGUCUCGACGCCGUCGCCCGCGCGCAUUCGCGCGUGCGGCUCUCCAGCAUCGGACGCCUACUCUUCAGUCAACGCGUCGUGCCUCCUCUCGUCCCCGACGGCGACGUCCUUCGACGCCACGCCCUCCGCGCGCCGCGCGCUCAUCGCGUGGAUCGAGCCCCGCGCGUCGUACGACGGCCUCGCCGUGCGCUGGGGGUUGGGGCACACCGUGCAGAGCGCGGAGGCGUGCGCGGAGGCGUGUCGCGAGCACGAGCCAGGAAAAGCCGGAGCGGAGGUGGCGUCGUUGCCGUGCAACGCGUUCGCGUACUGCCCGAUGGAGACGCCCCGAGCACAAAACCUAAACGAUACUAUGAAACCUAAAGGUGGUGGUAAAGGCGAUCAUGGGGGGUGCUUCGAGCCGGACGCGCACGAGCACGCGCCCGGGGAUUGCUGGCUGAAGUUCACGGAGGCGCCGGAGGCGGUGGAGGUGAAUCAGGCGCGUAGACGGGGCGCCAACGCCGGGCGCGGGUUCGAAAGGAAACGCCCCGGCGGCGGCGGCGGCGUGAGCUACCGCGAGCGGCACCCCGCGUCGCCGAAGCUGGUGGACUGGACGAGCGGGGUGCUGCUUCCGGAGGGGUGGGUCCCGUCGAACGGGACGUUAGGACCGCGCGCGACGUGGUGAGCGAGGAGUCUCGGCGCCGACAUAUAGUCUAGACAUUUUUUGGUACUCCAGUCCGAGAACGCGAG